UCCGAGGUCGUCCGCGAGCCAGCCCGUUGCCCGAUCGGUCGGCCGACCCGACCCAUCCCCUCCCUGCCAGGAUAUCUCCCCCCGGCUCGCCGUCUCCACCCUUCACCCUCCCUCCUCGCCCUCGCCGUCCCCCACUCCAGCCUCGUCGCCGGCGAUGACCGCGUGUCCCCAGACGCAGACCCCGUCCCCGCGAGCAUGAGUCCCCCGAACCCCGUCCCCGCGCGCAUGAAUCCCCCGAACCCCGCCCCGCUCCUCUCCCUGCGCCCCAGCAACCCCGCCGUCCCCCUCCCCCCCCCCCCCCCGCGCCCCCCCCCCCCCCCCCCGGCGGCCGCCAACACCACCGGCGCCGCCUCGCCGCAGGAAUGGUUCCGCCCGCGCCGCCCGGCCGACUCCGACCCCUCCACCUCCGGCGGGCGCGUUGCGGCGCGCGACCCCGGCGUGCGCGUCAAGGCCAAGGACGGCGCCGAGGAGAAGAAGGGGGAGCGUAAGAGGAGGUGGUGGGAGCGCUGGUCCAGGGACAAGGAGAGCUACCUGGUCGACGACGUGGAGCCGCUCCCGAUGCCGUUGACCAUCCCGGGGACCGAGCCGAUGUCGCGGGAGGAGCUCGACCGCCGCCUCAGCUGCGACGUGAAGAUCGAUGAAUGCAAGAUGGUUUCGUACGAGUGGACGGGCAAGUGCCGGAGCUGCCAGGGGUCGGGACUGGUGACCUACUUCAGGAAGAAGGGGAAGGAGACUAUCUGCACGUGUGUGCCAUGCGCUGGCAUUGGCUAUGUUCGGAAAAUUACAUACCGAGAGGGAGCUGAAAAUCUGGAUGAGUUAGACAAUGGGAGACCACCAUAAUUUGUCGGUGCUGUCUGUUUGGGGGCGGUAAUUUUAUUAACUGGCGUUGAAUAGAUUGUGUUUACUACAUGUGAUUCUUUUCACUACACAAUUUCUGUUUCAGGCACGGUACAGGACAGGAUGCCAUUCUUUAAGCAUUGUAAACUUUUCUUUUCUGUCUAGUUAUUGUACACGCUCUUAUUCUUCACUUACAGAUGUAUGAUGAAAAUUCACAAAGAAGGAAAGAAUAAAAUAUAAGAAAUCGCUUUGGACCA